UCGGGGCGCGCGGGGGUGGAUGCGGUCGACUUUGCGGGUUCCUGAGCGGUGCGACAUCGGCCGGCUUAUCGAUAGAAAUUUUGGCCCGUCAUAGCUUCUGACUCCUCCACCAUUUCCUUCCUAUACCCCAUUCGCGUCCUUUUCGUUCGCUGUUUUCCUUCGCAUCUUUAUUCGAUAUGGCAUUGAGGUUGUUUUCCAAGCGCGCGACCACUGCGUUGCGCAUGCCCAGGUCUUCUGCCAUUGCGCCGGCUGCUUUCCGCAGCUAUGCGUCAUCGGCGACGAAAGAAGCCUCGCUGCCCAACGCCGAUCCGGCCGCCGACUCGCAGACCACGCGCCUGGUGAACGACCAGAUUCCCUACAUGGUCCCCACCUAUGUCCGCCCCCCACCCAUGUUCCAAAAGGGACAGGGCUGCUACCUUUGGGACAUUGAGAACCGCCAAUACCUCGACUUCACCGCCGGUAUUGCCGUCAAUGCGCUGGGCCACUGCGACCCGGAGAUGGCCAAGAUCAUGGCCGAGCAGGCGCAAACCCUCAUCCACACCUCGAACCUCUACUACAACCCGUGGACUGGCGCCCUGUCCAAGCUUAUAGUCGAGAAGACGGUCGAGGCUGGCGGCAUGCACACGGCCUCCAAGACCUUCAUCUGCAACUCUGGCUCCGAGGCCAACGAGGCUGCCAUCAAGUUUGCUCGCAAGGUCGGCAAGUCGCUUGACCCGUCUGGCGCGAAGCACGAGUUUGUGUCAUUCCACAGCUCCUUCCACGGCCGCACCAUGGGCUCGCUCUCUGCGACGCCCAACCCAAAGUACCAGAAGCCUUUCUCGCCCAUGGUUCCCGGCUUCCGGUACGGCACCUACAACGAUGUCGAUGCCAUCCCUGACCUUGUCACUAAGGACACUUGCGGUGUGAUUAUUGAGCCCAUCCAGGGCGAGGGCGGUGUAAACGUUGCCACGACCGAGUUCCUGACGGCCCUGCGCAAGCGCUGCACUGAGGUCGGCGCCGUGCUGAUCUACGAUGAAAUCCAGAGCGGCCUUGGCCGUACGGGACAGCUGUGGGCACACGCUGCGCUGCCCAAGGAGGCGCACCCCGAUAUUCUUACGACGGCCAAGGCGCUGGGCAAUGGCUUCCCCAUUGGCGCGACCAUCGUGAACGAGGAUGUCGUCACUAAGAUUGCGCCUGGAGACCACGGUACCACGUUUGGCGGCAACCCGCUGGCGUGUCGCCUAGCGCACUACAUUGUCAACAGGCUAGCGGACAAGGAGCUUCAGCAGGGUGUCCUUAAGAAGGAGCAGAUAUUCCGCAAGCACUUUGAGAAGCUGCAGCAGCGCUUCCCCGAGGUUAUCACGGAGGUUAGGGGCAAGGGCCUGAUCUUGGGUCUGCAGCUCUCGCAGGAUCCCACGCCCGUCAUUACUGCGGCUCGCGAGAGGGGUCUUCUCAUUAUUACUUGCGGUACCAACACGCUCAGGUUCGUGCCUCCGCUCGUCAUCAGCGAGAAGGAGAUUGAGGAGGGCAUGCGGAUCUUGGAGGAGGCGAUGAACGUCGUCUUCAAGAAGCAGGAGCCUGUUCCUGGGACCAAGGGCCAGGAGGAGAUGCAAGAGUCGUGAUUUGUAUGUGUGCCAUUUACCGGGCGUUUGAGGGGUUUGGAUAUUUGAUAUAGAUGUAGUUGAAAAGUUCAACGUGGGCGCGACCCGGAAGCGUCGGGCGUCGGCGAUAACGAUAAGCCACCCACAUUUUCUCGC